AUGCUAGGAGUAUCCCGUUUCACGCAAGUGAGGGACGGGAUUCGAAGUUCUCUCCUACGUCAGCGAUCGAAGAUUAGAGACGCCGCCGCGUUUGCCAAGGAAAGUAAAAUAAGGUGGGCCGGACACGUGAUGCGCUUUAAUGACAACCGUUGGACCAGAGCCGUGAGCGACUGGGUUCCCCGCGAUAUUAAGCGCACUACAGGAAGACCGCCGACCCGAUGGUCAGAUUUCUUCACGAACGCCUUCAAAGAAAAAUAUGAUGCUCUUCGUGUCCCACGCGAAAGGAGGAACCCCUGGGCUACUCUGGCACGCGAUCGGGACAAAUGGAAGAAUUACUGGCGCCCGCUCGACCAUUUCGAAGAUCAACGGGAGUCAAGGUAA